UUAAGUUAUAUAACUUCGACUACCACACGCGUUGCUUGCAAGUCUGGUUUGGCAAUCACGACUUUGCUCGCGCCACACACUCUAACUCACUCACACACUAUAUACUACCAACCAACAACAGCAGAAGCAGCAACAGUGUGUGAUCGUGAUCGGUUAGAUAAUCUUGACUUGCUCCCUUCUCCUCCUUCCUCCUUUGAGCUCAUACUUAACACGAUCCAGUGGACACGACCCUCCUCAUUCCCAGAGAGACAAUACCCAUCCGAUCCAUACGGCAAACCCUAUCAAUCCAAACAGUCAAUCAAUCAAUCAAUCACUAUCCAUCAAUCAAUCAAUCAAAUUAAU